AAGCACAUGAAGAAAACACGGCUGUGCAGCACAUGUGCAAACAUUAGCUCCUGAGUGAAAAACAUUAAGGCUUCGCACGUUUAUAGAGAUUAAAUCUGUAGAAUUCUGUUAGGAGUUUGGUUCGCGUCUGAACAACAUGGAGGACGUGAUCAAGCUGCCGGAGACGGAGGACAGAGGAGCGGCCAAGAAGAGGAGUCGACCUGCGAAGUCCGAGCCGGAGGAAGAGGAACAGAAGCGGCAGAAAAACGUGAAGAGGCUGGCGGUGCUGGGAGAGAAGGACAGCUCGGUGAAGCUGCUGGAGGAGCUGGUGUUCGGGGCGGAGGACGAGCUGCUGGAGAGACUCGUGGAGGAGGACGAGGAGCAGGCUGGCAGCCUAUUGGUGGAGGACAAAGAAGACAAGGAGGAGUCGUGUGACUCGGAGGCCGAGGACGCGGCUCGUCUGCAGCGCCGGCCGGCCGGAGAAGCCGCCUGGGUGGAUGAGGAUGACGAGCUGGAGGAAGAGGUGGACAUGAAGCACCGUUACCGUAGAGACCUGAUGAGAGGGGAGGCGGAGUCCACCAUGUCCAAUCAGAGACUGCAGCAGAGGAUGAGAGAGCAGUUUCAGAAGUCGAUGGGAGGAACUCCAUCGUGGGCGGACAGCAACGCCAAGAAGAAGAAGAAGAAGAAAGCUGAUGAUGAUGAUGACGAUGAGGAGGAGGAUGAAGAGGAUGACGACCUGCUGAGGAGGACAGGAAACUUCGUGGCGUCUUCAGACAGUCUGCCCAGUGGCGUCCUGAGGAUGAAGAAAUGUCUUCACGCCAACAGCGCCCGUCCGUCAGAGGACAGGCUGACCACGGUCCAGUUCCACCCCUCCGCUCAGGUCGUCAUGACGGCCGGCCUCGACCAAUCGGUCUCCCUCUUCCAGGUGGACGGGAAGACGAACCCGAAGAUCCAGAGCAUCCACCUGGAGCGGUUCCCCGUCCACAGGGCGCAGUUCAGCCGCGACGGCGAGACGGUGAUCGCCACCAGCCUGAAGAACAAGAUGUUCUACCUGUACGACAUGAUGGAGGGCCGCGUCACACCUGUCCACACUGUCAGAGGUCUGAAUGAAGCCCGGGUGAAGGAGUUCUCUGUGUGUCCUGAAGGAGGCGCUCUGCUGCUCACGGGAACCAACGGAUACCUGCACCUCCUCACGCUCAAGACGAAGGAGGUGGUUCGCAGUAUGAAGGUGAACGGUGACGUCAGCGGCGUCGCCUUCUCUCACGACGGCAGCAAAGUCUUCGCCAACUCAGAGGAGGGGGAGGUGUACGUGUGGGACACGCGCAGCAGCCGGUGUCUGAACAGGUUUACAGACGAAGGCUGCGUGAAGGGAACGUCCAUCGCCGCCUCGCGCAACGGACGGUACCUCGCCUGCGGCUCUCAGUCGGGCGUGGUCAACGUGUACGCCCAGGAGGCGUGUCUAAAUUCAGCCAAUCCCAAGCCUCUGAAGGCGGUGAUGAACCUGCUGACCUCAGCGACCUCUCUGGCCUUUAACCCCUCGUCGGAGAUCCUGGCCAUCGCCUCCCGAGCCGAGGACGAGGCCGUACGCCUGGUCCACCUGCCCAGCUUCACUGUCUUCUCAAACUUCCCCGUCGCUAAGAAGAAGAUUGUUUAUCGAACCAGCUGCCUCGACUUCUCUCCACACAGCGGCUUCUUCUCAUUGGCCAACAACAAAGGACACGCCCCUCUGUUCAGGUUGCUUCAUUACAAAGACUUCUGAAGAGGAAGUCUGGAGGCUGAAGCGUCAGGAACAGAACGUCUUUGAAGGACUAGUCCUCUGUUAGUUUGUUCAUGUUGUAGCUGCCUCUUCCCUUCAAUUAAACAAAUACAGGGAACGGAUCUGCAGGAGAUGGAGGCUGACAGGAUUUGUAGUUCCUGGGGCUAAAACAUGAAAAGUUCCCUGUGGAGUCUGGCACAGACGCCGACCAACGGACUGAACGUGGAUCACUGAUGUGACGGAGAGGUGUUGUGUAGAGACUCUUACAGAAUCAAAACCAGAUAAAACACCUGAAUCUGCCCACAUAUUUGUUGUUUAUUAUUUGUACGAAGUGAUUUUAUAAAAGAACAAACCGUUCAA